AUGCUCAUACCUCUCCCCGACCAGCUGCAACUUGGGGAAGAGCGCAGGCUGGCACGCCUCACUCACCACCAUUGCUGGCACGCCUCACUCACCACCAUUGCUGGCACGCCUCACUCACCACCAUUGCUGGCACGCCUCACUCACCACCAUUGCUGGCACGCCUCACUCACCACCGUUGCUGGCACGCCUCACUCACCACCGUUGCUGGCACGCCUCACUCACCACCAUUGCUGGCACGCCUCACUCACCACCAUUGCUGGCACGCCUCACUCACCACCAUUGCUGGCACGCCUCACUCACCACCAUUGCUGGCACGCCUCACUCACCACCAUUGCUGGCACGCCUCACUCACCACCGUUGCUGGCACGCCUCACUCACCACCGUUGCUGGCACGCCUCACUCACCACCAUUGCUGGCACGCCUCACUCACCACCAUUGCUGGCACGCCUCACUCACCACCAUUGCUGGCACGCCUCACUCACCACCAUUGCUGGCACGCCUCACUCACCACCGUUGCUGGCACGCCUCACUCACCACCAUUGCUGGCACGCCUCACUCACCACCAUUGCUGGCACGCCUCACUCACCACCAUUGCUGGCACGCCUCACUCACCACCAUUGCUGGCACGCCUCACUCACCACCAUUGCUGGCACGCCUCACUCACCACCAUUGCUGGCACGCCUCACUCACCACCAUUGCUGGCACGCCUCACUCACCACCAUUGCUGCUUAA